CCACCCCCUCUGAUGGUGACUGAUUUUGCACCUCACCCCCUCUACCAAAGCCCGCCUGAGGCCGCCCGUCAGCGCCUGGAUUUCUGGGUGCUGCGCCCCCGCCGCCGGCCCUGAGGCGCUGAGGCGGCGGGGCGGGCGCGGAGCCCGGCCCCGGGGCGGACCGCUACCCGCCCACACCCCGGCCGGCGGCGGCGGCGGCGGCGGCGGCGGCGGGGUCAGGGCGCCGGCGGGCCUCGCCUCCCGCCCGCCCCCGCCAUCUUAAGCCGCUGCGUGGGGGGCGGGGGCGGGCCGGGAGGAGGAGGGCGGCGGGGCGCGACGCCCCCUUGAGGGGAUGGCGGCGGGGGAGGGCAUGGCCGCUUGGACGUGGCUGUGGCGGGCCCCCACCGCCACCGAGCUGCUGCUGGCGGCCCUGUGCUGGCUGGGCUGCUACUGGCUGCUGCGGCGGCCGCGGGCCCCGCCGGGGCUGCCGCCCGGCCCGGCGCCCUGGCCGCUGGUGGGCAACUUCGCCUUCGCCCUGCUGCCGCCGCCGCUGCUGCGGAGGUGGGCGGUGGAGGUGCGGGGCGGCGGCCGGGGCUCCCCCGCCUUCUCGCCCCACGUCUUCCUCACCGGCCUCACCGAGAUGUACGGCGGCGUCUUCCGGCUCUUCGUGGGCAGCCGCCCCUUCAUCGUCCUCAACACCUUCGGGGCGGUGCGGGAGGCGCUGGUGCAGAAGGCGGAGGUGUUCAGCGACCGGCCUUCCGUCCCCAUCGUCCUCAUGAUCACCCACAAGAAGGGUGUUAUUUUUGCACCUUACGGCCCUGUCUGGAAGCAACAGAGGAAAUUCUCUCUCUCAACGCUGCGUCAUUUUGGAGUAGGAAGACACAGCUUAGAGCCUAAAAUCAUUGAGGAGCUGAAGUUUAUAAAGGAGGAAAUGCUGAAGCAUGGGAAGGAUCCAUUUAAUCCCUUUCCAAUCAUUCGCAACGCAGUGUCCAAUGUUAUCUGUUCCAUGGCCUUUGGCAGGCGUUUUAACUAUGAAGAUGUUGAGUUCAAGACGAUGCUGAAGAACAUGUCCCGUGCACUAGAGCUGAGUGUGAACAGCUAUAUGAUCCUGGUCAAUAUCUGCCCUUGGCUGUACUACCUUCCCUUUGGGCCUUUCUGGGAGCUUAGGAAAACAGAAUUAGAUAUUACUGCUUUUCUAAAGAAAAUAAUUGCACAGCACAGGGAUACACUGGAUGCAGCAAAUCCCAGGGACUUCAUUGAUAUGUACUUCAUCCAUGCGGAAGAAGAAAAGAACAACAAGGAGAGCAGUUUUAAUGAAGACUACUUAUUUUUUAUCAUUGGUGACCUCUUCAUUGCAGGCACAGACACUACUUCCAACACACUACUGUGGUGCCUGCUCUACAUGUCUCUCUACCCAGAAGUACAAGAGAAGGUUCAUGCAGAAAUUGAAGCAGUUCUAGGAUGUGACAAAGUUCCCUCUCUUAUCCACAAGGCUCAAAUGCCCUUUACAGAGGCAACCAUUAUGGAAGUGCAGAGGAUGACCACGGUUGUUCCCCUUUCUAUUCCUCGAAUGGCCUCAGAAACUGCUGUGCUGCAGGGAUAUACUAUUCCGAAGGGCAGCGUGAUUGUGCCCAACUUGUGGUCGGUACACAGAGAUCCUAACAUUUGGGAGAAGCCAGAUGAAUUUCAACCAUCAAGAUUUCUGGAUGAAAAUGGCCAGAUAAUUAAGAAAGAGGCAUUCAUUCCUUUCGGAAUGGGUAAACGUGUGUGCAUGGGAGAGCAGUUGGCAAAAAUGGAGCUGUUCUUAAUUUUUACAAGUCUAAUGCAAGGUUUUACCUUUGUGUAUCCUGAAAAUGCUGCAAAACCAUCUAUGGAAGGAAGGUUUGGUCUAACUUUAGCUCCAUGUCCAUUCAAUAUAAUAGCUUUGAAGAAAUGACAUAAUAUUGAAAAAGAUUAAACAAAGAAAUACUGCACUUUUAAAAUCCAGCUUUAUUUUGUUUCCAGCUUAUUUUGUUACUUUCUGUCCAGAAAAACACCAACUCCAUAGGCUUUCAGAGUCAGUGAGAAUGAUCCAUUAACACUUCUGGAAAGAGAAGAUUGUUGUGUGGUUUUUUUUUUUGUCACCUGUUGCAUUCCACAAAUGAACUGACAGCAUAGUUUGCAAUUUGUUAUUAAAACUUGCUGGGUUUAACCGCUCCGUCUAUAAGCUAUUACUGUCAGUUUGUCAAAUACUAAUUAUGGGAGAAUGGUCCAAAACAUCUGUUAAUGCUUUAGCAAACAGUAAUUGUAAUUUUGGUAGAAGCAGUACGUAAGCAUUUAAUUUACCAAAUGAGUGAAGGACAUCAUCUAAUACCAAAAGGAUUAAUGAAUGAGAGGGUAGUAACAUUUUCUGUGUAAAGAAGCAUUUUAACUGAGCUUAAAUAAUGACAACUACUUUUUGGAAAUGACUGACUUUGGAGGUUUCUUUCUUGCAAGUAACUCAGGUGUAGAUUGGAUUGAAUCAGUCUGGAUUCCUGGAUCCCGACAUUCUUGACUGUCAGGGCUCGCUAUAAACAAGCAGGUGCCAACUCUGAAAACACAGACUUGGAGGCCAAACGAAUCCUUCAAUGUACCAUGUUCAGAACAUGAAAGGAGUGUGCAGCAUCUGGAUGCAGAUGUUUUAUCUCAGAACAUAAACGAGAGGCAGAUUUCUCUAACAAGAAACAGAAGUCUGUUCUUUCUGGUGCCAAGCAGAUAUUCAAGACGUUUGUGCUGCCGCUUUGCAUUCGCUGUUUUCCCCACAUCAGCAGUGGCUGCAGUCUGGACGAGACCAACAGCCUGCUCAUCAGGGAGAACUCUAUGCAUAAUCCUGAAGUUGGGGCUUGCACUCAGGUUGUUAAUUUCCAGGCAGUGUGGACAGUACUGCCACAACACGUUUGGCUUUGGGAACUGGAGUCUUUCUUCAAAUAUGGCAUCAGUACAGCACUACAGAUGUAGAUCUUACACGUUUAAGCAUGGAACAUGAGGAAUCUGACAAACUUGAUGUUUGAGCGUAAAGGCUUUCUCUUUGUUGUCUUCCAUAUGAAGUAAAAGAUCUGUAGUUCGUUCAAUAUUAGUGUAUCAGUACCUUACUCUUUUCACAUGCAAAAUUUUAGUGGUGUUUACCACUAUCAAACCAAUUGCCAAGGAAACCUGUUGUUAGGUGUUUCAGAAGGGGCAGUCAAUCUUGCCUUUUGAAAAAGAUCUCAAACAUCGAAAGCAACCUUUUGGGGGACAUGUAACAAUUAACCUUUAAAUACUUGUUUUUAAUCAUCCUUAAAUCUCUUUAUACACCUUUUGAUCUAGCAGGAUUUUGUAUCAGAUGAAAUAAGUACAUAUAUGGUCUUAAGGAAAUACAUUUCUCCUGCCCUGCUCCCCACUGGAGAUGUAGAAAAUACUAGCAGUCCUCCUCAUGUCAGGUUUACAAGACUGGACUGUAAAGUGGAAUUGGGUAUUCCAUAGGAGAAGUUAAACCUAAAUUGUAAAAGAAGAGUCAGCUCUUCAGCUUUAAAUUAACCUCUGUUUUUGCCACUAUUUAACUUGAAGUUUUAAAAGCCAGGUAGUGCCUAGCAAAGACUGUAACAUAGUUAUUUUGGAUUUAAAUUAAGGUUUUCUGUUAGCUGUUUUGAAUAAUAGAGGGGCUUAAUUUCCGAAUGAUGUAUUUGGUUGGUCAGGUACCCCACUGUUUGUAUGAAAACUUCCAGUUCUCCUAUUGGUUAACUUUUGACUUUAGAGGUUAGCCCAUGCUCGUGUUAAGAUUUUUUUCUUUGUAUGAAAUUUUUGAAAACCACAUAGCAAAACAAAAAGUUGAGUUGGUACCAAUGCUAGUAAACUUGCACUAAAAGCUGACAGUAUUGGUGUAAUAAUAAGCACUUGUUUCUUUAACUUUAUAUUUUCCAGUGAAUAAAUAGAUUCUGUGUAGUUGGGAUUUGUGUCUGGAAAUCCUUAAAAUGGUAUAUGCUUAAUUGCAAAGCUAAAAUUAAGUGCUGAUAAUAUUUAUCUUUCUUUCUGUUGAAAUGCCUCUAAGCAACAUGAUGAUGUUGGUGUGCGGCUGACUGCUUAUAUAAAAUACGUGUCCUUUUAAUUGAUGAGGACACAAUUGAAAAGCGCUUUAGGGUUGUUUUUUUUAAACAGAUUCCAAAGAAGACACAGUUCACGUAAUCCCCUAGUAUGUGGAAUUGUACGUAUUUGUCCUUGUUUUCCCUGCUGGGUUUAGUUUAAAAUGUCACCUUUGAAAACUAUCCUUUGAAAAUUAUCCAUCUACAAAUAGUACUUUGAGAUGCGGUUUUUGAUGAUACCUAUAAUCAAGUGCUGCCCAGUGUGACAAGCUAAAAAUACUGAUGUGAAGUUGCAACCAUGUCAGUGUCUGCCAGAAUGCAGGAUGCUGUUGGAAAUACAUGCCUUUCAUGCCUUCCAGGUGCACUGCAAUUUUCACAGGAUACCAUGAAAGUAGCUAAACUAUAGAUAGAAGCAAUGAAACGUUUGUUGUUUUAAAAGUGUGUUGCCAUCGUUGGUAAACUGUAAGUAAAGCAGCAGCAGAUAUGUUUUGUGUUUGUAAAUGUGUCCUUCCCCUCCUCUUUUUUAGCAGAGGAAACACCUCAAAUGCCUUACUGAAAAAUGUAUGUUUAUGUAAGUGGAUGGCUAUUUCUGAAUGCUGAAAGCGUCUUUAUUUCUAAAAAAGACUUUGCUUCAGUGUAAUUUUAUUUUUAAUAAAGAAAUGCCCAAGUAAGCGUU